AUGUCAUCACUUCCAAAAUUCCCAUUCCCAGUUUUGAAGACUUACUGGCCAUACGCCGUUGGAGCUGGUGUUACAUAUUAUUUGAUCUACAAAGCAUCGAUUGCUUCAGCCAAUUCUGAUGAAUUCAUUAACGAUCCAAGAAACCCAAGAUUCAAAAACGGAGGAAAAUUCAUUGACUUGAACAAGAAGGAAGAAGCUCACUAG